CGCGAGAUUUUCACUCGAUGUUUACGCGGGAAUAUCCUGCAGAUAGUGGUGGUGGUGUAGGCUACAUGAUGGGGUCAUACGCAGCACCACUCUUUUCUGAAAUUGACAAGCUUCGAGUCCAACUGUUAAGCAAUGCAGAGGUCAUGCCAGUCAGCCAGCGAGCUGAAGAAGACGUCAGUCGUGGUGAAAUUUUGAACUGCAUUGAAAAUGUAAUCCUUGCAACAGUUACCAGUCUGUCCGUAAAUGAAGCCCCUGUCCUGGUACUUCCCAACCGAUCCAGUUGGGCAAAUAUAAGUUUUGACAGUGCCAUCGGGCUUCAGAUGAGCUCAGAACAUUCUGUCACCACCGUUCGGAGCGACUGUCCUUCAUCUGUUACUAGAUUUGCACAAAUUCUCAAGAUUCUCUCGGUCAUCUACAGACUUGUGCAGAGCAACUCUUAUGCAACGAAAAGAGAUAUCUAUUACAACAACACACAGCUGUUUGGUUCACAGAAAACUGUGGACAGUAUAGUAGAUGACAUCUCCUGCAUGCUGAAGGUUCCUCGCAGAUCACUACAUGUGUUGGCCACAUCCAAAGGCUUAAUCUCAGGUGAUCUGAGUUAUUUGGAGGAGGACGGCACAAGGAUUGACUGCCACUCCAGCUCUGCUGCUGUUUCAGUUUCAUCAAACAUUAGUGGGAUUAGGAAUGUUGUAUCAUCAGCUAAAUUUGUUUUGAUAGUUGAGAAGGAUGCAACAUUUCAGAGACUGCUGGAUGACGGCUUCUGCUCGAAGCUUUCUCCUUGCAUCAUAAUCACAGGUAAAGGCGUGCCAGAUGUGAACAGCAGGUUGAUGGUGAGAAAACUUUGGGAUGAGCUGCACAUCCCCAUCUUUGCACUUGUGGAUGCUGACCCUCAUGGCAUUGAGAUUAUGUGUAUCUACAAGUAUGGAUCUGUGGCAAUGUCAUUUGAGGCCCACAGUCUGACUGUCCCCAGCGUUAUGUGGCUAGGCCUCCUCCCCUCUGACCUGCAGAGGUUGAGGGUUCCCAAAGAUUCCUUUAUUCCUCUCACCAAGAGAGAUGAAAGCAAACUUGAGAGCCUGAGAAAGCGGCCUUAUUUAACCAGCCAGCCGGGGUGGCAGAAAGAGAUGGAACUGAUGCAGCAGAGUAAGGUCAAGGCUGAAAUACAGUCUCUCACAGCCAUAGCUCCUGACUUCCUCACCACCAUCUACCUACCCAGUAAGCUGCGCUGUGGAGGCUGGGUGUGACCUCUUUGCCUCCACUCAGUGGAAUAACAAGUGCACUGCAGAAUUUUGUUUCACAACUGUAAGAUCUGGUUUGGUACGACAAUGAAUUCAUAAAAUAAAG